AAUUGUUUUUCCCCAUCCUCUGUGAAGGAGGAGGAGGAGAGAGCUUCAGAGGCUGGGACUGUGCAAACAAGACAUCACAAAGAUUCUUCCCAGACCCAUCAUGACACAGCGGCUGCUUUGUUCUCUGGCUUUUGUCGUCUUCUUUCGCCCGACCACAGGAGCCAUGGACGCCUGCUACAACGCCCAAGGCCGUGCCCAGCGUUGCAUGCCCAUUUUUGAGAAUGCAGCGUUUGGGCGGCAGGCGCCAGCCUCCAACACGUGUGGCUGGCCCCCCGAAACCUACUGCUUGCAGAUGGGCACGCGUGAAUCCAGCACUCUGUGCCACCGCUGUGACGCGGCGGAUCCUUUGCUCCACCACAAUGCCUCCUACCUGACCGACUUCCACAGCCAGGAAGAGCCCACUUGGUGGCAAAGUCAGUCCAUGGCAUUUGGGGUUCAGCACCCCACCUCUGUCAACAUCACUCUGCACUUGGGGAAGUCUUAUGAAAUCACCUACGUGAGGUUGAAAUUCCACACCAGCCGUCCAGAGAGCUUUGCCAUUUACAAAAGGAGUCAGGCUGAUGGACCCUGGAUCCCAUAUCAGUUCUACAGUGCCUCUUGCAAGAAGACCUAUGGAAAGCCAGAACGGCAGUUUUUGAGAUCUGGAGAACAUGAGCAAGUGGCCUUGUGCACGGAUGAAUUCAGUGACAUCUCCCCUCUGAGUGGUGGGAACGUGGCUUUCUCCACAUUAGAAGGCCGGCCCAGUGCCUACAGUUUUGACCAAAGUCCUCUCCUCCAGGAAUGGGUGACCUGUACUGAUUUGUUGAUUUCUUUGGAUCGCCUUAACACCUUCGGGGAUGACAUCUUCAAAGACCCUAAAGUGCUUCAAUCUUACUACUACGCCAUUUCAGACUUCUCGGUCGGGGGGAGAUGCAAGUGUAAUGGGCAUGCCAGCGAAUGCAUCCCUAAUGAAGAGGACCGGCUGGUUUGUCUCUGUCAACACAAUACCACCGGGGUGGACUGCGAGAUGUGCCAGCCGUUCUAUCAAGACCGCCCCUGGGCAAGGGGAACAGCGGAGUCACCCAACGAAUGCCUUCCAUGCAACUGUAGCGGUAGAUCAGAGGAAUGCUAUUAUGACUGGGAACUGUACCGGCGCACCGGGCAUGGUGGUCAUUGCGUGAACUGCCGGGACAACACGGGUGGACCUCACUGUGAAUACUGUCGGCCCAAUUUUUAUCGUUGGGAUGAUCAGAUGGCAUGCCAACCCUGCAACUGCAACCAAGCAGGUUCUUUGAAUCCUCAGUGCGAUGCUGCAGGGAAGUGUGAGUGCAAAGCGACAGUGACAGGCUGGAAGUGCGAGCGAUGCCAAGAAGGAUUUCAUUCCCUGAGUGAAGGAGGGUGCAGACUUUGUGCUUGUAACUUUGCUGGAAGUUUGGGGAUGUGUGACCCCAAUUCAGGGCACUGUAAGUGCAAGACUAAAGUGGAAGGCUAUCUGUGCAACAAAUGUCAGCCUGGCAGUUUUAACCUACAACCUCACAACCCAGAGGGAUGUACAAGUUGUUUCUGCUAUGGACAUUCAACCGUCUGCACAACAGCUCCAGGAUACGAACCCCGUGACAUUGUCUCUGACUUCAGACAAGGACUUGAUAGCUGGAAAGCAGAACACUCAGAUGGGCAAGAUGUUUUUCUACGCUGGGAUGGAGACGUUAUCUUCGUAGACCAAAAUGAACAGGAGGUUACUGGAUUUAAGGCACCAGAGAAAUUUCUAGGCGAUCAGCGUUUUAGCUAUGGCCGACUGCUCUCAGUGGUCCUUCACUUCGAAGACAACACAACGGAUGCUUCUUCUCCUUCUGUCCAGUUAAUUUUGGAAGGGAAUGGCGUCUCUUUGUCAGCAAGACACAAGAACCUGGAAGAAAGAAGGAAUGACAUCCCGUGCGAAGAACGGAUUGUGUCCUUCAGGUUGCAUGAGGCGGAAGAGGCCAUGAGUUUGGGUCUGUCGCCUUUCCAGUUUCAACGUAUGCUUUCCAAUCUGACGAUGCUUCGGAUCCAAGUUAAAAGUAAACCCAGAUCAGGCAGAAUUGCGCUAAAGGAGGUUCGACUCGCCUCUGCUCAUCAGGGUUUCUCCAAGUGGGCUCCGUGGGUUGAAGAAUGCCUCUGUCCCCAGGGGUACCAAGGCCGAUUUUGCGAGUUUUGUGCUCCAGGUUACCAACGGGAGAUUGCUUGGGGUGGGCCCUUCGCAAGUUGCGUGCCUUGUAGCUGCAACCAACACGGGAGCUGUGAUGCUAAUUCAGGUAUCUGCCAAUGUCUGCACAACACCGAAGGGCCAGGUUGUGAGCGAUGCGCUGUGGGCUUCUACGGCAACCCUUUUCUUGGGCAACCGGAUGACUGCCAAGCCUGCCCGUGUCCGGGGCAAGGGCCUUGCACAACCAUGGUAGACAACGGAGAAGUGGUCUGCACACACUGUCCCCUGGGACAGAGAGGGCGCCUCUGUGAAUUAUGCGAUGAUGGUUUCUUUGGGGAUCCCCUGGGACGAAAUGGAUCGGAGCGCCCUUGCAGCAGCUGCGAUUGCAGUGGCAACAUGGACCCCAAUGCAGUGGGCAACUGUGACACUCUCACUGGCCGUUGUCUACGUUGCUUGUACAACACUUCAGGGGAGCAUUGCGAGAGGUGCCAAGAGGGCUUCUACGGAAACCCUCUGGAUGCCAGCCCAGCCACCAAGUGUGCCCCCUGCAACUGUCACCCUGAUGGCUCUGCCCAUGGACCAGAAGCUUGUGACCCAGUUUCGGGUCAGUGUCACUGCCUCCCCAAUGUAGCCGGACGAGAGUGCACCCAGUGCCUGGAAGGCUAUUUUGACCUACAGCCAGGGGUGGGGUGCAGAAGCUGUCAGUGCCACCUGAUGGGAGCCCAGAGCAACAUCUGUCAUCCCAUCACAGGGCAAUGUGUCUGCCAUCCCGGCGUGGCGGGGCUAUCAUGCAAUCGGUGCCAGGCUGGAUUCUUUGGAUUCUCUUCCCAAGGCUGCCAAGCCUGCAACUGUUCCCAGAUUGGCUCGGUCUCCCUCCAGUGCCACGACAACAGCACUUGUGUGUGUAAAAAGGGCUUUGUGGGUAGCAAGUGCGACCACUGUGAUGUGAACUACUUCUUUGACCUGGAAAGUAAACAGUGCCAAGAAUGUCCUCUCUGCUACAGCCUUGUGAAAGAGGAGACAGACAGACUGAAGGACAAGCUGACUGAAAUGGAAGCCUGGUUCCAGAAGCCCAGCUGUGACCAAUCAAAAGCCAAAUAUUAUCAUGCGGUGCUUGACGAGAGCCCACGUGGAGACAACCUUGAGCAUCCCUACCUGUGGGAAGGUGCUCAAGCCGUUUUCUUGGAGAAGAUGACGGAUCUGAAGGACUUGGUGGAAGACGCCCUCCAUCGGCUGAGCAACACCAGCAGAACCAUCGCUUGUGAUGGUCAUCGGGCUACCAAAAUGUGUGGGCUCCUUUCUGAUGUAUCUUCCACCCUGUGGUCCACCCAUGAGGAGAUCCAGAUGGCCACUGAAAUCCUUGAGAGCAUGGAACUUUCUUCUGAGAUUCUUUAUCUGUCUACAAACUGGAGCCACCACGCGAUCAGAUCUGGCAAAUUGGCCCGCAGCCAUGUCGAAAUGGCAUCCUUGGUGGAAGACCUGGCCCAACGAGCCAUCAUGGCAUCCAAUUCGAGUUACCGGCUUCUGAAAAACGUUGCGAACGCUAGCAGGUUGCAGGACUUCAGGCGAGAGAUGGAAGAGAGUGGUGAGAAAAUUGAAAGGACCCAGAAAGACCUUGUUUUGCAAAUGCAAGAUGCUGAGAUCCUGGUUUCGGGGCAUCAGAGCAACGCAACCCUGGUGCAGACGGAUACUUUGCCAUUGCUUCUGAUCUUGCAGCGUCCUCUGGUGGAGAAAGCUGGAAAUCUGGUUCAAAAAGCAGAGGGAAUUCAACAACUGGUGGAAACGAAACAUGGGUUGGCAAUCAACAAAUCCUUAGCUAUACAAACUGGGUUAAAGGAAGAGCUACAAAGGACUCGGCCCUUGGAAGAGCUAUGGCAGAGAACAAACAAUGCACGAACAGCGGCCGAGUCCUCCCUGGACAACGGAGAGGCAGUGAUUUCCGAAGCGAAGGCUUUGGUGACCACACUGGACGGAAUAAAGACCCUGGUUGUGGAUCCUAAAGGCCGGGCCGCGGUCAAGAGGAAGAGGGUUGCAGUGCAGGGCAGGGGGAUUGCAGAGACCCACAGGAAGAUCAAACAGGCCCAGAGAGUUCUGGGUAAUUCUGGACCCGUUUCUGCCAAGGCCUCUGAAGUUGCCAGGGAUGGGGAAUCAGUCUCCAAGAAGAACGCUAAGGCAGCCGAAGACGUGCUGAGACAGGCCAAGCAAGAGAGGAAACAGGCUGGGAAAAUUUCUGCCAAAGUUGCUCUUACUACGGCAGAGAUCUCCAGACAGGAAGACAAGGCCAAAGAACUUGGGGUCCACCUUGGAACACCUGAGGAGGUCGUAGUGGAGAUGACCGGGCUCGGCCAGGAUCUCCGACAGGCCCAACGCUCCUUGGAAGUGGACAUUAAAGCCCUCAAGCAUCUGCUCUCCAAGCUAGGAAACCUGGAUCACUCUGUGGCUGUGCUCCAUGCCAGCCAGGUCCAGCUGGCAAACUUGAGGCUGCGCCUGGCAGGACCCGGUACCCUGAAUCAGACGCUGGGCAUCUUGGAGCAGGAGGCGGAGCAGCAGCGGGCAUCACUGGAAGCCUUCGAACGAGACCUGGAGGAGAUCCAGAGCGACAAGCAGAACCUAGAAGCCAUUCUUCAGAGCCUGCCCAGUGGCUGUUAGAGCUGAAAGGAGGCUGGUGAUGCCUGAAAAAUUGUGUAGAUUGAAGACUGGCUCCGAGGGGAUCAAUACAGACCCUUUUUUUUUUUUUUUAAUGUUCACAGAAUGCAACUGGCAAAGGAGGCAGACUGAGCCAUCUUUGUCAGGGGCAGAGAAUAGCUUGGGGCACCCUCUGUCGUUCUGGGCUGCCGAAUCCACCGUGAGAAUCAAACCCUGAAAUGGAGAUCUCCCAAAUUUGCUGCCAUCAUGAGGACCAGAAACCUGAAACAGCCAUUUACUGAGCAUUCCAGCUUUUCAAUCCAAGGGGUUUUGGACUCUGGUGGUAAAAAAAAAAAAAAAAAGAUUCUGAGAUAUUGGCAGAGAUUUGAACCCUAAUGCAGAAAAAUGAAAAUCGGGAGUAAAUCGGGUGCAGAGAUAUAGCAUUUGCUUGUGAUGGAUUCCAGUUCUUCUGGCUCAGAAGUCUGAGAAAUAUUUAAAGAGAAAUUCUCAUUUUCUUGUUUAAGGCAAGCUUAAAAAACAAACACACCAACAACAAACGCAAGCAAUGUCUCUUAGACCAGAGCCGCAGUGAUGAAAUUGACCAGACUCAAAACUCUGAAAUUGACCGUAUGAAAUUGACUAGACCCACAUUGAUGAAACUGACAAGAACACAGCUUGUGAAAUAUCAGAUCCAGACUCUGAUAAUUACCCAUCCCGUGUCCUGAAAAUACGCCAUGGGCAACGAAGACCCAAACCUGCCAUGCUUUAUGAUGCAAACUGCAGCGCUUCUCUCCCGGUUGAACAUUGGCCCGGCAAAUCUUUCUCGCAUUCAGCAAUCUGGAAUUCAUUAGCUUGCUGGCACGGAAAGUUCGGCUUAAGAGAGAAACUCUGCAGUUAACGUUCAUCCAUAUAAUCGGGAAAGCUUUAUCUGAGUUUCUAAGAAUACAGGAUUUGUACUGUACGGAUAUGUCUUUUAAUCUAUCUCUUUUCUUAACCCCAGCUCCUCAAUUCUGCUUUAAAAUUGCAAUGAGAUCUUAUAGCUGCGGGUGUGACUGUUUACAAACACCUUAUUUAUUUUUUCCCAGCCUGGGCGGGACUCUGGAAUUUUAUUUGUAAGGAUCAGCAAAUGGAAGGCUAACUCCAUAUUAUGCCCAUCUACCCCCUAGAGGGAUUAUUAUCCUCUUUACAUCCUAAUUCCCCGCAUGCAUAAAUCGAUCGAUUUACAUUUUAAAUAUUUAAAUGACGCCUUUGAUGCUGCUCCCGAAAGAACUAGACAAAAAUUGCUCAGGAAGAAUACCAAGUGGUUCAAAUUAACAGCCACACGGUUUCCUUAAGAUUAAUUUUAGGCUGGGUUAAUAACACUA